CAAURUGUUAGCGCAUCUUACGUCAAAAUGGUCGAGUCAGCUGGAGCGAGAGUGGCGCCAAUAUUUAUAGACAGAACGCCGAAAGAGAUUGAAAAGUUAUUCUAUUCUAUAAAUGGUGUGGUAUUCCCAGGCGGCCAUGUUAUGCUUAACGUUUCAAGAUAUGCCACUGUGGGCAAGCAAAUAUUUGAACUGGCAUUAAAGUCUAAUCGAGAAGGACGAGUAUUUCCCAUCUGGGCAGAAUGUCUAGGGCUAGAAAUUAUUAGUCUUAUAGCAUCGGGUUACGGCUUUGCUAAAGGACAAUACGACGAGCGGCUUCUAACAUCCAAUGACGCAAGGAACUUUAGCACAACUUUAAACUUCCACAACCUUGAAACAAGUACAUUCUUUAAAAAUACUCCGAGACGAUUCAUACAUUACAUGGAAAACACACCAUUUGCUUACAACAAUCAUGACAAGGGGAUCUCACCACAGACAUAUCGUAAAAUAAAAGGACUAUACAGCUUGUUCCGCAUCACCACCACUUCAUACGACAGAGAGGGAGUGGAAUUUAUCUCAACAUUAGAAGGCCGUCGCUAUCCAUUCUUCUUACUUCACUGGCAUCCAAGCAAGGCACAGUUUGAGUGGUCCAGAGUUCUUAACAUCUUUCAUUCUGCUAAAGCUGUUGCUAUAUCACAGUCAUUGAUAAACGGGUUUGUCAAUCUAGCUAGCCUUAAUGAUCACAAAUUUGCCUCGAUCCAAGAAGAGGAUGACGCCUUAAUCUACAAAUACACCACGACAUAUACAGAGCCGCUUGGAACAUCAAUGCAAAUGUACUUCUUCAAAUACGACCCUAAUGCUGUCUGAGGUCCUAUGUCGGCAAAAGCGUAACCCAAAUUUUCCUAUUGUAAUUUUCCUCGUAAAGAUUUUCGACACCGGAUUUCUCGAGAACAAUAGUCCACUUUCAAGAUAUGCUUGGCUUGUCACACACAAAGGUCUCAUUGUAAGUGUAAGACUAGUGUUCAUAAUGUUCGGUGAUUGGUGACAGGAGAAAAGAAUGCAUUUAAUUUAGCACAUAGCCUCGCAGUGAAACCUCUGUGCGUGAAAAGCGAAGCAAAAAUGGGCUAUUUAUUUGGAAGUCGUUUUGGGAUUCAAAGCUCAGGAAGAGCUUUCGAA